CAGGUAGAAAGGCAAAGGCUAUGGGGGAAUCUAAGGAGUCUCAAGGGGCAGUUUGCUACAUAUAUAUGUAUGUCUGAGUGGCGGCUGUGUUUGGGGUUGUUAAACAUGGCAGAUACAGACAACCAUUCCCAAGCAUGAAAGCAUUCUGAAGGUUGGGUUGGUCUCAGGGCUGAGGCUUAGAGGCCAGAUCUUCCAGCUCCCCUAGUUGGCCCUUCCGGUAGCCGCCUGGUCUGUAGUGCAGGAAGGGGAAGGGGCCAAAGUGUGGGGAAGGCGUGGCAGGAAGAGGGGAGCUGUGGUCAGAGAACUGUUCGUGGGCACAGCUGCGCAGUUCCGUCAGAGCGAGCGUGUGGCCACCAGCUCCCAGCCCCGAAGCCCCCGCCCAAGAUGAUUGCAGCCGUGGUCCUGCUCCUGCUCCUUUUGGUCGAACAAGCAGCUGCCCUGGGAGAGCCCCAACUCUGCUAUAUUCUGGACGCCAUCCUGUUUUUGUACGGUAUUGUCCUUACCCUGCUCUACUGUCGACUCAAGAUUCAGGUCCGAAAGGCAGCUGUAGCCAGCCAUGAGAAAUCAGAUGCUGUCUACACGGGCCUGAGCACCCGCAACCAAGAGACCUAUGAGACUCUGAAGCACGAGAAACCAUCCCAGUAGCCUUAGAUGCCCUUGGCUGCAUUUUUCUUCUGCUUCUAGUUCUCUCCUUGCCCUUAUGGUUGAGUUCACUGUGCUACCUCCAUGCUUUUAAUGCUGGCUGACCUCACUCCUGUAAUGAUGCGAGGCUCUUAAGUCAUUGUACACUAACAGUUCCUCAUCUCCAUCGAAGUCUCACUGAUGUUUAUUUUCUUAUGUAUUCCUUUGCCUCAUUCCUCUUUCUUUCACCGAUCCCCAACUCUUGCUAGCCAACGGAAAGAGAUUACCUCCCAAUAAAGCUGCCACAGAUCUGACUCUA